AUGUCCGGCUUUGGCGACUUCACCGACAUUUGUCGGAACACACCACUGCCGCUAUGUGCUUCAAUCGGCUCCGCCGCUGCGGCGACGGGCGGACGACUUGGCAUUGAACCCGACUGCUACGCCCGUAAUAUCGAACUGGCCAACACGAUCAUCUUCGAGGGAGGUGCUAGCGCGAUGCAUAUCUUUGCCCUGGUCAUGACCGUGAUCAUGAUCCUGCACGUCCGGGGGAAGUUCACUGCUGUCGGCCGCAAGGAAAUCCUUAUGUUCUUCUACAUCUACAUGCUCCUCACAUUCGUGUCCCUCUGCGUCGACGCGGGCGUCAUCCCGCCAGGAUCCCCACCAUGGCCCUACUUCGUGGCCGCCCAGAACGGACUCGCCUCGGCGCUGGUGACGUGCCUGCUCGUGAACGGGUUCGUGGGCUUCCAACUGUACGAGGACGGGACGCCUGUUUCGGUGUGGAUGCUGCGCAUCAUCUCGUUCCUGGCCUUCACGCUGUCCUUCCUCGUCUCGCUCGCCACGUUCAUGGGCUGGGCCGGCAUGGGCCCCACCAACACCGUCGGCCUCUUCGUCGUCCUCUACCUCCUCAACGCCAUCCAGCUGUUCAUCUACAUCGUCAUGCAGGUUCUGCUGGUGAUGCGCACGCUGCAGGACCGCUGGCCCCUCGGCGACAUCGCCUUUGGUGUCUUCUUCUUCGUCGUCGGGCAGGUCCUCAUGUACGCCGUGAGCCCCCAGGUCUGCAAUGCCCUUAGCCAUUAUCUUGACGGCUUGUUCUUUGCCACGGUGUGCAACCUUUUGGGCGUCAUGAUGGUGUACAAGUACUGGGACUCCAUCACUCGCGAAGACCUCGAGUUCUCUGUCGGAACAAGGAUGAACAACUGGGAGGUUAAGGACUUGCUACCGGAAGACGAACGCCGAACGACGGUUUACGCCGAUGAUCCCUAUGGGCCCGGUAGCGGUUACGAUCAGCCAUAUUCGCCUUCUCCUGCUCGGUACUCGACCAAAUAUUAG